GGCCUGCAAACGACGUCGCUCCAAUUAUUCGUUGACAACAGAACAAUUCGAGAGCCCCUUCGUCAACAACAACGAAGCAGGUGUCGGUAUAAUUUCACAAGCUUCUCCAAGAUCAACCAAGAUUUGAAUCCCUUUCGAUUUAGUUGGAUUGGGUAUUGAGUGAGUGAGGAUGGUGUUGGUUUUGGCCUUGGGGGAUUUGCACAUACCCCACAGGGCACCUGAUCUGCCUGCAAAGUUCAAGUCCAUGCUUGUUCCUGGCAAGAUCCAGCAUAUCAUUUGCACUGGCAAUCUAUGUAUCAAAGAAGUUCAUGACUACUUGAAGACUCUCUGUCCGGACUUGCAUAUUGCUCGAGGUGAGUAUGAUGAAGAGACACGAUAUCCAGAGACCAAAACACUGACUAUUGGUCAAUUUAAGUUGGGACUAUGCCAUGGCCAUCAGGUUGUUCCUUGGGGGGACCUAGACUCUCUAGCCAUGCUUCAAAGGCAGCUAGAUGUUGAUAUCCUUGUCACAGGUCACACCCAUCAGUUCACAGCCUACAAGCAUGAAGGUGGUGUUGUUAUAAACCCUGGGUCUGCCAGUGGAGCCUAUAGCAGCAUCACCUAUGAUGUCAAUCCAAGCUUUGUCCUCAUGGACAUUGAUGGCCUCCGUGUGGUUGUCUAUGUGUAUGAACUCAUCGAUGGGGAGGUUAAGGUUGACAAGAUUGAUUUUAAGAAGACAACUGCCGCUCAUUGAAUACAUAUUUUAUCUGUUUGGAUUUGCUAUAGACUGUAGGAGUCCCCAGUUUUUUCUGUUAGUGACGUAUGCAAUCCCGUUAUCUAUAUGUUUGUGGGAAAUUUUCUGGCUUAUAGAGAUCGACUUGGGUUCAGAAAAUUGUCUGGCAAUUUUCUGGCUUUCUGUGGAUUUGAUUGACGACUUGUGAUGAUGGUCAGACUCAUUAAAUUUGUUAAUGACUAUUAGCUGUUUGUA